UAGAUUUGUUUGUAAACAAACUUGCUCAUGAACCACGAACUUUGAUUGAAACUCUAUUUUAAAGAAAUCGUUCUUUCAAAGAGAGAGAAAAAAAUAUUACUGAGGCUUGUAUAAAAAUCUUCCCGAAUAGAAAUUUAGUGUUAAUUUUCAUUUAACUGUAAAGGCGAACAUCUUAUUUAUUUCUCUUAGUAAAUAAUCUUGAUAAUGAAUUACGAACAUAGCUUGAAACUAUUUUGAAGAAAUGGUUCUUUUAAAGAAAAUUAAUGAAUAGAUUUUUAAGAAAUCAUAGUCAUUUAACAAAGUAAUUAAAUUUUGUAGUAGGAUGUUUUGAAUUUAGAAAUUAAAGUCUAAAAAUUUCUUUUUAUUAGACUAGCUAUCUAUUAUCAAAUAUUAAAACUAGUUGGAAAAAAGAUACAUGCAUGACAAGAUGAGUUCUGAUACAAAUGAAGAUUUGUCUGUGGAAUCUCAAAAUCCUAGUAUGUCUCACAAAGAAGCCUUAGCUUAUGUCGAAAAUGGUCUUAAUGAACUUAUUACAACUGACCCCUUACUUCAAUACUUACCAUUGGGUGUUACCCUUGAGGAACUGAACUCUAUGUUAGCUUUAGAAUAUGGAAGAGCCAUGACUGUAAAAGUUCGCAGAGCUGAUGGAGAAACUUAUUCUGUAGUUGUUGAACCAAAAGCCACAGUUAUGGACUUAAAGAAAGCAAUCCAGAGGCAUGUUACACUGAAACUGAAAAGAGAAGGCUGUGAACGAAUUAUCAGUUGGAGGUAUAUCUGGAGAACCUACUGGCUUUAUCAUGCAGGGCAAAAAUUGGCAGAGAAUGAUAAACCUCUAAAAUUUUAUGACAUACAGAAUAAUUCUGAGCUUACAUUUGUAAAAAGAUUAAGAAAUAAAUAAUUCAGCAUUCUCAUUUUA